UUCUGCUGUGCUUGAAGACCGAGGGGACUCAGAAAUACAACCUAUUUUAACAUGGAAAUAUAAUUUUUGAUGGUGGAUUCUCUGAAAUGGGGGUGAACCAUACCAAAUUAAACCAUAAAGUGAGGAAGGUGGCACCUCUGGAAAGCAAGGAUGUGUAUGUAUCACCAGACACAACCACCUCUGGAACAGAUGGACUUAACGGCACGUCUUCUUUUGGGACAAUGGGUCAUAAAGCUCCAACAUCUGAAUGUCAGCUCCCGCCAUUGAGAGAGACCCUGUAUGGAAGAGGUUCAGUAGUACCCAGGCCCCUUUCUUAUGAUGUUCCUCUGGAUCAUGGAACCGCGUCUAGCAUUAUAAAGCAGCACCCGCCUCGAAGACUCCAAAAACUAGAACCAGCCGUUCUGCCUUCAAUAUCAGCUGCUGAGAGGAUGAUCACUAAGCAAGAAGCUACUGCUGCAAAAAAGGAGGAGGAGCUAGGAAUAAAAGUCGUGACUGUCAAAAACUCUUCGGCAAGGAGGCAGCAUUUGCAAAAUAUGCAGAUGCUAGAAAAAAACCGCAAGAGAGAACAGAUAAAUAAUUUGCAGUCGCAGGCCGAAUUGAAAAGGAAUAUCCACAGGGAAGCCAAGAUCAAUAAACACAAAACGAAGGAAAUGAAGGCUAAGAAAGUGAGAGAAAAUGUGAUGAAGUGUCACGAAGAUGAAGGUUUCCUUCCCGUGGAACAUGAUGAAACUUUUAAUAUGGAUCACGGCAACCCAUGGCCCUGGAAUAUUCAAGAACCCAGUCCAAGUCUAGAGUGUCAUCGGGGGAAGGGCAAGUUACAGAUGUGGUUCCAGCCUCAUUGUGAUGAGUCGAAUUAUGACAGCUCAAGCACAGAGUCGCUAGAUAGUUGGAUAAGAGAAGAUGCCAGGAGUCGCCGGAGACCAGCCGCCUUAUUCCGGACACGGACUGAAAAGAUUCCCACACUCGAUGAGUUUUUUGAUCGUGAAUUUUAAAAUCCACCCUUCAGUGGUGUGAAUAUCCUGUGUCAUACCUAGGACGGGGCAGCAGGGGGCGAUGUAUGACACAGGCAUUCAAAAUACACCAUAGAAAGUUUUCCCUAGAGUGUUGCUUUAAGGGCUUAAAGGGAUUCUGUCACCUCCACU